AGUGAUGAAUGGAAUAUAAAUAACUACACCACCAUCAUUAUCAUCACCUACCUUCCCCUAAACUGCAAAUUUCUGCCACCAACACUCUCUAAUCAUAUGAAAAUAGGUUGCAAAUUUACCAAUUUCAUCAAAACAACUCAUAUGUCCCUAUUUGGAGGUUUUGGUGGAAAUCUGAUAGUACUACAAAAUCCACUAUCUUCUACUCUUUAAUCCAUCAAUCAAAUAGUAUUUCAAUUCCGUUGCGAUGGUUUGGUGUGAUUUCUGCGGCUCGCGGCAGGCGAUUCUGUACUGCCGCGCGGACAGCGCGAAGCUCUGCCUGUCGUGUGACCAGCAGGUGCACUCCGCGAACUCCCUCUCGAAGAAGCAUCUCCGCUCCCAGAUCUGUGACAACUGCGCCGCCGAGCCGGCGUCCUUCCGGUGCUCCACCGACGGCCUCGUCCUCUGCCAGGACUGCGACUGGGACGCGCACGGCAUCCGUCUCGUCUCCGCCGCGCACGAUCGCUGCCCCGUGGACAGUUUCUCGGGCUGUCCGUCGGCGUUGGAGUUGGCGGCGGCCUGGGGCUUGGAGAUCGAGAAGCCCUACGAGUGGGGAGGUUUGCUGGACGAUCUCAUGGUUCCCAACGCCCGUUCGAUGAUUUAUUCCGACUGCGGAGGCGAAUUGGUGAGCAAUAAGAAGAAGAGUUCGAGCUGCGGGAAGCAGAAGCAGCUCAUUCUGAAGCAGCUUAUCGAAUUGUUAGCUGAUGGUGGUGGAGACGGGGAGGAUGUAAGACCGGGGACGCCGAGGUAUGAGCCAGAACAACAACAACAGGAAUUGCCGCAGGACAGAGGAGGGUUUACGUCGUUGCUAAUGAUGCCAACGCCGGUCGAUCAUAAGGACCACCGCAACAACACCACUGCAUGUGAUCACGGCGCGCAGAUAUGGGACUUCAAUCUGGGACAAUUGAGGAGCCGUGAGGAGUCUAGCCCUGUUGAAUUAGAGUUUGGAGGAAAUGACAUGUUCACUAUGAAAAGUUAUGGGGAACUACUGAAAGAACCAUCCUUGGCCAAGAGAAGAGGGGUGGACGUCUCUGGAGUGAACUGUUCUGUUGCCCAGGAAGAUAUAAUCCCCUUUAACAGUGCUGCCAAUAACCAGACUCCAAGUCAGGGGCCUGCUACAUCAGAGAGUAAUAAUGUACCUGUAUCAAGGCCACCAUGUUCAGGUUUAACCAAACCCGAAUCCUCAGGUGGUUCGAAAGAUUUGCAGUUCACGAAUCAGUCUAUUCUAUUGGCAAGCGAGAGUGUGGCAGCUAUGUCAAAGAGUGACAUCGAGCUUCUGGCAAUGAAUAGAGGCAAUGCUAUGCAACGAUACAAGGAAAAGAAGAAAACAAGGAGAUACGACAAACAUAUAAGAUAUGAGUCCAGAAAAGCAAGAGCAGAUACUAGGAAGCGAGUCAAGGGCCGGUUCGUCAAAGCUCAUGAAGCUCCAGUUUGAUGACAAGUGUUGACAGUUGACAUCUAACUUUGUCUGUAUGUACAUAGGUGGUGUUUCAGAUUGUUAUGUAUAAUGACCUAACCAUCCUACCCCUCUUCCAAACAAGUUGUGUGUUUCACGUUGUCCUGAUAAGCGCGAUCGAUAAUAGAGUUAGUGUAGGUCUCACUCAGUUGCUAGCAUGAAUAUGCAUAUGAUGAUUAUAGUUUUGGAACCAACAUAGUUCCAGUUGGCAUCAGACAUGUAGUUUUCAACAAUCACCUGAUAUGUUCAGAAGCUGCAAACUAAUGAGAUAUCUUGAAAUUGUAUA